AUGACAGCCACGAAUUUUGCUGGUGAAGGACGUUGUUCCAAUAACAACAGUAGUCGCCUCGCCAAUCGUGAUACCUCCUUUCUGGACGGUGAUGCACCGACAUCAGCAACCGAUAACAUGCCUUCAUCUCGGCAUACAACACGACGGUUAACUUUGAGUGGAGCAGCUUUGGUAGUUUUAUCAACUGUAUUUUUGCCUUUAGCAGCAGCUCAAACUUCUUCCUCCGGCAAUUGUAUCUCACUUUCUGGAUCACGUACUUGUCCAGCGUUUAACGAAUCCUUUAUUUCCACCUCAAGUUCUCUUACUGGCGAGUACCCAUUUCUUGCAUAUGUUUCUAGCACCGAACAAUUUGAUACCCAGUUCGAACAAUAUAUCAAACAAGACUAUGCCAAGAAUAAAUAUCAAAAUUUAUUUGGCUGUUCCAACCUAACACUCUCAAAUACAACUGAAUUAUAUGCACGCUACACCCGUAGUGUUCUUUGUUCUAGAAUGAUUCAAGAUUCACGAACAGCAUGCUCCCUUACAACAGCGCAGUCAGCACCAAUUUGUGCAGAUGCCUGUGCUCAAUUUGCUAUCAGCGAGCAAAUAAUAAUUUCAAAUGAGGGAACAUGUGGAAGUACUAACCAAGAUGCGCUCGGUCUAAUCCGGUCUGAUUUUACUAUAUGCGCUUUGCCAUCGGACUCUCUGAAUUCAAACUGUGUCCCUGCCGAUGAAAACGAAACCACGAAUUGUGGUUAUAAUGAUAAUCUCCCUGGUCUUUGUUUAUACUGUGCAACAAAUUCGCCAAACUCAACUGAUACCUGCUGCUAUAAUAACAAUGCUGAGACACGGUGUGAGAACGUUGAUUUGCCAACAGUCACUUCUUUACCCCCGAUAUUUACAACAACUACAGUUUCCUCGUCAACCAGCACAUCAUCAUCUGGCGCAUCGGGCUCAAGUGGUGGAUCGGGUCUUACUGGGGGUCAGAUUGCAGGGAUUACUAUUGGAGCUGUUGCUGGUGUAGCGCUGGUGGUUAUGCUUAUUUUGUUAUAUCGACGCCGGCAAAGAUAUGGGAACUCUCCGCCUGCCUUCAACCAACAAUCUCGACAACGUCGAAGCCCCUCAAUGACUUUCAACCCAGUUGCUGCAGCAGGCGUACAGGCCCAAGGGUAUGAGGUUCUAACUGGACGGAUUGCGCGAAUGUCAGCACUUGAAGGAACAGGUGGGGCUUCAGAUAUAGAUCUUUCGUCUCCUGGUGUGAUUAGUGGUGGCGCCAGACGUGGACAUAUUCGGCUCGUCGAGAAUUCUUCGUCCUCUGACUAUGGCUUAGAGGAUGGUCCAAACACCAACCAACCUCGAAGGUACUCGCCUGGUCGGCCCCUACACCCUCCACCCCGUGAUCGAAAUGCAUCUUUAUCCAGCACUUCGAUUCUCAUGUCGGAUAAUUCAUCUCCCGUGACUAGAAGCGACAGGGAUAUGUCAUCUCCUGGAUUUUCUAGUCCACAAUCCGAACAGCUACCAUACUUCAAGGAUUAUUAUUCCCAGGAUGAUAUCCAUCCAAAUGACAAAGUUGCUGUUUUGUGGGCAUACCAGCCCCGAGCCGCCGACGAGUUUGAUUUAGACCGAGGCGAUAUGCUCAAGGUUGUGGGCAUUUGGGAUGAUGGAUGGGCUACUGGUAUUCGCUUGAAUGAAAGGGCAGAAGAUUAUGUAAGCCACCGGCAGCUUCGUGAUAGUGGUGUAUCGGCACAUACUUCACGUGCCAGUCAACGCCGGUCGUCCUCUCCUCCACCUGGGAUCGAAAUCAAAGCUUUCCCUCUUGUGUGCGUCUGUUUACCGGAGCACUGGCAAAAGACAAUCGACAAUGACCCACAGGGCUCGGAUUUCGCAGGAUUUUCGAGUGACCAACCCGGGGAAACAGUGAGCGGCCGAUUACACGAUGAGGAUCCGCGCACACCUGAGCGGAAAAUUACCCAAAAGGGCUCCAGCCGCUUCCGGGAAGAUUUAAAUGUUCCUCGGUCCGGAACAACAUCAUCACCGGCCUCCUUUUAA